AAAAUGAUGUCCCUCUACAGCGGUAAUAUCCGUGCCAACAACAAUAAUAAGAACAACAAGAAGGUUUCCUCUCCAUUGUUGUCUGUUAUUGCUACUCUUCAAAACAAACAAGCCGAAUUCCAUACAAACAACAUUUCUAGUAAUAGUUCUGACCAACCGGACUGGUCUUUCUGGGUCAACAAGGAAUCAUCUAAACAAGCCGAAAAAUCUUCAACAUCUCAAAGUCUUUUUGAUUUAAUUUUGAACAAGGACCAACAACCAAAAACACCAGUAUCAUAUGAUCGUAAUGAAACCUUGGAAAACUUUUUCGCUUCCCAAACCGAGAGUUUACAAGCUGAACAAUUCGAAUCACUUGAAAGUGCUUUUGAAGAUUUCCAAAAUUUAAUCCGACCACCAACUAAAAACGAUGAAUUGAGAUAUAUGUAUCCACUCAAGGUUGGAGAAGAACACUCAGAAAUUGAGGAACAAGUUAAGAAUGAUGUUGCUUUACAAUUGGAAGGACUCACUGCUGAAGAAAUUGAUAAGAUUUACUGUGAUGUCAAAUUGGAGAAUGAUAUUUUGAAGCAAAAAGCAUUACGUGACAAGAAUGUUUCUAUUGAUGAAUUUGCUAUUAACACUGAUAUUGAUUCCGAAAGAAUUGCUUUGGAACAAGCUCGUCGUGCUUUUAGAGCUGUUAAGAUUUCUCAAGAAAAAUUAUCACCUGUUGAAAGAAAGGUAGACCAAUUAACAAAAUCCUACACUUAUUAUUUACAACAAAAGAAGAGAGAACAAUUAAAUCAAGAGGAAAAGGAUAGAAAAGAACAAAUGUAUAAUGUAUUUAAAAAACAAGCCGAUACUAAUCCAGAAGCCUUUAACACUUUCGCUCAAACCAUUUUGAAAAAGAAGAACAUUCCUGUUGAUUUUAUUCUUGAAAGUUAUGUUAGUGGUAUUCCAGUCGAAGAAAUUGCUAGACAAAUUUUGGCUAAGGAAAAUUCACAAUUAGCUAAACCAAGUUAUGAGAUUGACUCUUUUGCUGAAAUCAGAAGAGUUGUUCAAUCAUACAUUGAUGCUAGACAAGAAUACUGUCGUGACAUUUUGGGUGUAAAGACAGGUAAGAGACAUGCUACUGGUGUUACUUUAUAUGCUGAUAGAGCUCUCGCUAAGGGUGAUUCUCUUGGUUUCUUACGUGCUAGAUUACUUGCCAUUCGUGACCAAGACAGAAUUGAAAGAACAAUAACAAAUCUUCACUCUGGUAACACUCUCACUAAGUCUCAAAAGGCUAAACGAAGUGAAAGAUCAGGAAGACGUAGAUACGAAGGUCAAAAGCUUGAUAAUACUAUGAAAGUUUUCAUGUGGGUAAAGAAGUACAGAAACAGAAUUUUGAAAUAAAUUAUAUCAAUAAA